AUGGCCGAUGCAAGAAGCUUGCUACGAGCUGCUGCGAAUGCGCGGGCAAAGACAGGCGGAGGCGGCAUCUCGGAUCGCUUCGCCUCUUACUCAGCCAGUGGGGCGCUUCGAUGCUCGGCGUGCGACUACGCCACGAUCAAGCACGACAGCCUCUGGGGCGCGCACGUCCUGAGCAAGAGUCAUCGCAGCAAUGCAGCACGCAUCCGCGAGGAAGAGCUUCGAGAGGCCGAGACUCGGCGUACCAAGGACGGCAAGCGCAAAGCAGACGACGAGGAAGACGAUAGCAACGACGGCGACUCGGCCGGCGGUGGGCGUAGUCCUCGUGAGGGAGCCACGGACAACACAGGAUCUGGCGCCAAGAAGCCACGUACAGACACUAAAGCAUUCGCCGAGGCAUCGACCGCGCAGGCGGAGUCCAUCGAUCCGGAAUGGGAGCUGUUCAAGUCGCAGAUGGACGCCUCCGGGCCAGAGUCAGGUGCACCCGAAGAGCGAUAUGACGCUGGCGCAACAAUCGAGGCUGAAGCUCAGCUGAUAUCGCAAGAAGGAACAAACGGAGCUGGGACCUCCACAGACGACGGCGCCAUCGAGGAACAGAGCGCCGCCGAGAAGGAAGCGCAAGAACGUGCACGCAGGGAGCUGGAAGAGCGCGAAGAGAUCCUGUCCCGGCUCGAAGAAGAGCAGCGGCAGCAAGACGAAGCAGACCAGAGAGUCAGUGCGUUGAAACAGCGUCUCCAACGCAUCAGGCAGGCUCGUCUGGACAAACAGAAAGCGGCGACCACUGACAAGGCCAAGGCUGACUGCGCUGCCAUCAUCAUGUCGGUCGCCGAACUCAAAGCCAAGGGCAACGCCGCCUUUGCCGCCAAGGACUACCAGGGUGCCAUCCAGGCCUACAACGACGCCAUCGCUGCCGCCACCUCGCCCGAGGAUGCCGUGCACGUCCUCUACUCGAACCGCUCCGCGUGCUACGCCGGCCUGCGCGAUUGGACCAAGGCGCUCGACGACGCCGAGUCGUGCAUCAAGGCCAACCCUUCCUUCGCCAAGGGUUACGGCCGCAAGGGUGCCGCCCUCCACGGCGCCCGUAAGCUCGAAGAGGCCGUAGACGCAUACUCUGCCGGCCUCGACAUCGCCCCCAACGAUGCCGGUCUCACCAAGGGUCUCGCCGACGUCCAGCGUGCCGUGCAGAACGAGGCAGCAAACGGUCCCGACCCGGCCGCCUCGAUUGGCCAGAUGUUCAGCGACCCCAAGAUGUUCGAGAAGCUCGCUGCCAACCCCAAGACCGCUUCGCUUCUGUCUGACCAGGCUUUCAUGGCCAAGCUCAAGUCCAUCCAGUCCAACCCGCAGGAGGCCGGCAUGGCCUUCCAGGACCCGCGCAUGAUCCAGGUCAUGGGCGUGCUCAUGGGCAUCGACCUUCAGGCUUUCGAGCGUCCCGAGGGCUCCAACGACCUUCCCGCCGACCUCGAGUCGCGCCGCGACGACAUUGAGAAGCAGACCCCCGCCUCCUCCUCUUCCGCACCGGACGUCGAGAUGAAGGACGCCAAGCCUGCAUCCUCGAGCUCGUCGGCACCGCCCAAGGCUGCCGAGCCCGAACCCGAGGAGGAGAACGAGGAGAAGAAGGCAAAGGCUGCCGCCGACGCCGAGAAGAAGCUCGGCAACGAGCGCUACAUGAAGCGCGACUUUGACGCCGCCAUUCCGCACUACGAGAAGGCAUGGGAGCUGCACAAGGACAUCACAUACCUCAACAACCUCGGCGCGUGCUACUUCGAGCAGGGCAAGUUCGAUGAGUGCAUCAAGGCAUGCGAGAAGGCCAUCGAGGAAGGCCGUGCCAUGCGCGCUGACUUCAAGCUCGUCGCCAAGGCAUACGGACGAAUUGGGUCUGCGUAUGCCAAGCAGGAUCAGCUGGAGCAGGCGGUAAACCACUUUGAAAAGUCGCUCACCGAGCACCGCACUCCGGACAUCCUGGCCAAGCUGCGCGACACCGAGAAGCUGCUCAAGGAGCGUACGCGUCAGGCGUACAUUGACCCUGCCAAGGCCGAGCAGGAGCGCACACGCGGUAACGAGCUCUACAAGGGCGGCGACUUCCCCGGUGCCGUGGCUGCGUUCAGCGAGGCCAUCAAGCGUGAUCCGUCGGACCCGCGUGGUUACACCAACCGUGCCUCCGCCUACACCAAGCUCGCUGCGCUCCCCGAGGCGCUCAAGGAUGCAGAGGAGGCCAUCAAGGUGGACCCCAAGUUUGUCAAGGGCUACAUUAGGAAGGCCAACGUGCUGUACAGCAUGAAGGAGUUCACCAAGGCCAUGGAGGCGUGUCAGAAGGCCGAGGAUGCCGAUGCCAACCAGGAGGGAGGCGCAAAGAACCAGCGCGAGAUCCAGCAACUUCUCUCCAAGUGCAUGAACGAACUCUACUCGCAGAGGUCCGGAGAAACCGACGAGGAGACCCUCCAGAGGGCCAUGCGCGAUCCCGAAGUUGCCCAGAUCAUGCAGGACCCCGUGAUGCAGUCCAUCCUCCAACAGGCUCAGUCCAACCCCGCCGCCCUGCAGGAACACAUGAAGAGCCCCAUCAUCCGCGAAAAAGUCAACAAACUCGUCGCCGCCGGCAUCAUCAAAACUCGCUAA